UGAGCUGACGUGAUCCAGAUUAAUAUUUAUUCAACCAUUAUUAGUAUAUAUUGUAGAAGCGAAACAGGUAGAAAGCACAACAAAUUCAACGCUUCAACACUCAAAUAUUCACAACUUUCAUAAUUUCGCUGGAAAAUAUUCAUAACUUUCUUUCUCCAGAUUCCUAGCAUGAAACAAGAGUCGCCAUCUCUGCGUCACUCAUCAAAGAGAAUUUCAUCUUUUGCUAAACCCGUUGUGUACUUCCUCUGUAUCCUAUUCGCCUAUUCGCUCGGUUACCUAUCUAGCUCUACGCGCAACAAUAGCAAGACACCUGACCAUAAAAACACCGUGGUCGCCCAUGUAAACACUGUAAUUAGCAGUGUAAUAGAAUCAGGCGACCACAAUAAUUUUGGAGCGGUAUGUGGUGAGGCAGUUAUGUCACAACACAUCCGCCACAAAAUUAUGGAGCGUGUCUUCAAAGGAACAUCUCCAUGGGAGAAUUUUCCUCCGUCACAUGUGGACAAUCUUCUACGAAAAAAAUGGGUCAAAGGAUGGGGAUCAAACGGGGCAGUAUUCGAGAACCUGAUCCUGAGGAUCCGACCCAAGACCAUAAUUGAAGUAGGCACGUUCCUAGGUGCAUCUGCUCUUCACAUGUUUGAACUGACCCGUAGACUUGGUCUUGAUGACACUCAGAUUGUCUGCAUAGACGAUUUUCGAGGGUGGGCGGGUUUUUCAGAUCAUCUGCAUAUGAAAGACAUGAAGAUGGUGAACGGGGACGUUAUGUUGAUGUAUCAAUUCAUGCAGAACGUGGUGCAGGCGAACGCUACGAAGUCCGUAGUGUACAUGCCCUUCUCUAGCGGAUCAGCGCUGGAGAAACUGUGUGAGUGGGGUGUGUUUGGUGAGUUGAUCGAGGUUGAUGCUGGACAUGAUUUUCACUCAGCUUGGUCCGAUAUAAACCGGUCUUUUAAGUUGUUGAAGCCCGGUUCAAAAGGUGGAGUUAUAUUUGGACAUGACUAUUUCACCGCUGCUGAUAACAGAGGAGUUAGACGGGCUGUCAAUUUGUUCGCUCGCGUUCAUAAUCUCACUGUCCAAGUCGAUGGCCAGCAUUGGUUUUUCUAUAUUCCCAAUCGAUUGUCAUCACACUGAUAUCUAGAUGGAUAAACUAUAUAUUGCAAAUCAAAGUAAUUAAAUUAAACCUGUAUAGUUAUGAGAGAAAUUUAUUUUGAAGCUAAUUGAGAUGUGUAUGUAUUAUAUUGCUUUGUGGAGGUUGUCUUUGGCUGUUUAUGUCCUCUUGCAUUUUGAGAUCUUUGUCAUUCUUUAAGCGUUGGCAAUUUUAACUCUUUACGUUGGUUUUAUUUGAGUGAUUAAAGC